CCCCAAUUCGACAAGCCUUCAUUUGGUGUCUUUGUUUCUUCACAUGUAGCAAAACUGCUCGGCAGGAGAAGGCCUCCUCUGGUCUCCGUCAGGCCACAAAAAGGUGUCCUCCUCGAUACAGAACAGAACAAAAUGCCUCAUUGUGAAGGAAGCCAGUGAGGAGUGCGAAGGGCUAAACCAAUGGAAGCAAAGAUUCACGGGGUGUGAAAUGGAUCGCCGCUGCGGCCUGUAGUUUUGCCAUAAAAAGCGGCCUUUUGUCUGCUCACUGAGAAGGAAGUGAGAGGCGAGGGAGGGAGAGCGACGCAAAUCGCCCUGGUUUCCUCUUCCCCCUUUUUGGUUCUUGUUGGUGAUGCUGAGCGGUGGAAGAGAAGGAGCGGGCAAUGUAGGUGGUGUGGUUUAGGAUUGCUUUGGUUGGCAUCGGGAUUGAAGUGCUGCUGUAGAUGAGCUGCUUUCCGUGUUUCAACCCUCGCCGGAGGGAAGUGAGCCGUAGGAUCGAAGACAGCGGGGGCUCCCGGUCCCAUUCGAGAUUCGUCGUCGAUGCUUCGGAGAGUGGGAAGAAGGCGUCUUCUGUGGGCGGCGAGAGGAGUAAAUCCGCAAGAAAAUUCACCUUCAGGGAUCUCGCUACGGCCACCCAGAACUUUAAAGAAGCCAAUUUAAUCGGAGAAGGGGGCUUCGGAAGGGUCUUCAAAGGGCGGCUUGAUUCGGGCCAGGUGCUGGCCAUCAAGCAGCUGAAGCAAGAUGGGCUUCAGGGGAGUAAAGAGUUCUUGGUGGAGGUUCUCAUGCUGACUGUGUUGCGCCAUCCUAAUCUUGUGAGCUUGAUAGGGUACUGUGCUGAGGGAGAUGAGAGGUUGUUGGUCUACGAGUUCAUGCCCAAAGGCAGUUUAGAAGACCACUUAUUCGAUCUAUCUCCACAGAAGCCACCACUUGAAUGGAACACACGAAUAAGGAUUGCACUUGGUGCUGCGAAAGGUCUCACAUACUUGCAUGAUGUUGCAAGCCCACCUGUUAUUUACAGGGACAUGAAGGCUGCAAACAUAUUGUUAGACAACAAUUUCAACCCCAAGCUCUCUGAUUUUGGGCUUGCUAAACUUGGACCUGUUGGUGACAAAACGCAUGUCUCAACAAGGGUGAUGGGAACAUAUGGCUACUGUGCUCCUGAUUAUGUCAUGAGUGGUAAGCUGACCCUGAAGUCUGAUAUUUACAGUUUCGGUGUGUUGCUUCUGGAACUGAUAACUGGACGACGAGCUUUUGAUUACUCGAGGACUCGUGCAGAGCAGAACCUAGUGACUUGGUCACGUCCUUUUCUCAAUGAUCGGAGGAAGUUCUUGCAGCUGGCUGAUCCAUCUCUUCGAGGCCACUAUCCUCCACGAGCUUUUCACCAGUUGGUUGUCAUCACCUCAAUGUGUCUCCAGGAGCAGGCACAUGUUCGGCCCAUCAUAGCUGAUGUGGUUGUCGCCCUAGACCAUGUGGCAUCCCAGCCCUACACUGCAGAACCCAACUCCAAGGUCAUGAACUCCCCUCCAUCUUUGCCUUCAGGAAAUGUAGCCGGUACAGCCUCCUCUAGAGGAUGCAGUGUUGGAAAAGGUUUUGGUAUUAUGUAAAUUGGGCUCUCCGUUUGACCGAGUUGAGGUCUGGCAAUUUCAUGAAAAAAAUGAAAAAGAUGCUAGUGCAUUAAACUAUGUGCAUCAUGGUCUAGAAGAAUAUGUUGCCAAUGUAACCAUAUGUAAAUUGUUCUCAACCUAGUCACACUGAUGUUAUUACUACUGCCAGCUAUUAAGGGUCAGCGAAGCAAUGAUUAUGGCAGCCUUCAUCAAGUAUUAGUGACGGUUUCAUGGUUUGAGGAUAUGUAAUCGAUAUAUGUGGUUUUAUGACACAGGUCUUGUACAUGUCUAACCUGUUUUAAGUUUCUCAGAUUGCAGUGAAGAUCCAGACUACGUUAACAUCA